GCGGCGCAAAUAGGGAGCCUAGCCUAGCCCUGUAGUGACUGCUGUACUGUAUCCACGAAAACACGUUACAAACCUUUUGCAAGAAGCUUGUCCUAGUAUAGUACUGAUAAUUGGCUCCAGACUCCCCGUGCAUUCACUGCCGCAUACUGUGAGAGUGAGUACGAGUACGCCACGGUUUAUCGAUCGCUGUAGCUGCAGCUGGGCGAAGCAAGCAGCAAGCAUUAUUUUCAUAGUGCUGAACUUCACUUCAUCAGCAUCCCGCGAUUGCACAGUGUCCUGUGUUCAGUGUUGCAAGAGGUCCUCGGUGUAUGCCACGCUAUCGCCGUUCUCGACCGGAUCACAUUAGUCCCAGUAGCCGGGUUCUGCUGUACUGAGGACGGUAUUGUGAGCAGCCAGCGUACAGUGACUACACAUUGUCAUUCAGUGGAGCAUAGGAUCAAGUAUUUGUGUAAACUAGUGUCACCCAGGCAAGUUACCAACACAUCAUGUUUGCUUCAAAGUUGCGUAGUCUGAGGACUGUGAGUAACUUUCUUCAGCAUGGCUAUGGUAUGAGCUCACUGGUCCGGUCUAGACGACUUGCAGCUAACACGUUUGCACUGGCUCCCAAUGCGACGACGCUUUGCUCCCCGCAACCCGUGAGAUGCCACUCAGAUAGGUCAGUGCGUCAGGAUACCACUGUAUGGGAUGCCAUUUUGGCUAUUGAUAGGCUCUUCACUGCUAUGAUCACUGCACACACGUUUCAACCUAGCGACCUGACUUCACAAGUUUCUCUGAUUCAACGUCACCUUAACGACAUAUAUCGUGUACAGAAUCUCAAGACCAUCCUCCGGGCUUGUGCUAGGGUUACCGAGGAGGACAGCGCAGUGACUCAUCUAGUUGUAGCUGUACUGGAUCACGCAGCUAGUUUACCUACAGAUCUAUGGCGGGAUAGCAAGAAUCAAGGUGAGCUGAGGUGGAUGCUGUACUGGGCGUCACGAUGCCGAUGUACAACAUCUGAGUUCAGGCAGCUGCUACAGGACCGGCUUGAUGUUCAGUAUGUUAGUGAAUGUAGAGAUAUUGGCCAGUAUGCUUAUGCACUGUUUUCGUUGAACAUUGCUGAUCCUUCGCUAGCCAUGGACUUGAUGAGUCGCUAUUCAGCCAUACAGAGUACAGGUGAUCCCAAGUAUCGUCAUGCUCAAGUGUUCAGCCUACUUCUCUACUGUACACUGUGUGGUGUAGAGUGCAGUGCCUUGCUGAAGCUGAUCAGUGUUGAUCAACUCAUACAGAAGUACGGUGCCCAUCAUCUUCAGCAGCUUAUUUUGCUCGACACACUACUAGUUAAAAACAAGCAACGGCAACAAAUCAUGGACCGGUGCUCAGAGUCGUUCAGAAAAGAAGGUUGGAGUCCAAACAAGGGUCGAAUGUAUGAUAUGCUGUCAUGCUUCAUUGGUCCAGAACACACCACUGGCGUCUCUCUGGUUGAUGGCGUGGCCGUUCAGGCAUUGUGCAUUGUCAACCGAGAUAGUAAGCCAGUGGAGACUUCCAAGUAUCCAGGCGAUGUUUUCAAUGGUGUAUCAGUAGAUAUGGCUGCAGCUACACGUCAUGGUUUCAGUGUUGUGGCCUGCCUGGGUGUCGGGGAUACACGACUCCUACGUCAUCCGGCUAUGUCAUCCAAUGGACAUCGCGCACUUCUCGCUUCAGCUCUGAAGUCGCAAGGAUGCUUCAUCAUCCCAGUAAUACUCGAGCAUGGAGCUGCACGUACACAGAAUAGCGGCAAGGUCGUCAACGAUCUGAUGAUCAAUUAUCCUAGUCACAUCAAGGUCUUCAGAGAUCUUCUGGCUCCCAAUCAGUCUAUGCAUUGAUGCCGUUCUGGCAAGUCUGGUACUGCACACAAAUGCACCAAUAUUGGCUUUUAAGUUCUAACAGAACCUCCCUGAAGUGGAUGCCGUGAAGCAAAAAGACAAUGCGGUGCACACUACGAAGUUACCUUCUGCUCUGAGCGGACAAGGACCUCACCAGCGAAGUGGAAGCCGAAUGCUAUGCGAAGUGGACAUGUAAUCAUGAUGGCAUGUGCUGACUGUUUGAUGUUGCACCCCUGUAUCCUCCUGUCCCCACAGACUGCGGUGGUGGUCAGACUAUGCACAGCGAUGUUGAACGAACCAGUGAUUGGACCCAGGAGCAAUUGUUACUUUCCCAGAUUGGCCCGGUAGAGCUGAAAUCCAAGCUGUCUUGGCAUUCGUUUUAGCUGAUAGCGGCCCGAGUCAUCAUUGGUUCUUUGACUUUGAACAGAGAUUUCCUUUUCUUGCUUGAGUCCUGCAAAGCAGGGCAAUCAGUCAUUCUGCCCUGUAUACUAUCCAGGCCAGCAUAUACGAUGAUAUACAGCUGGUCAACUAACCCCUGUGUGGCAGGAACAGUUGAUAUUUGUCUGCACAUGGCUUCUGGCUUGCUGUUCAUGACUCGCUUGAGGAAACAAACGUGUGCAUGUAGGUGCUCGCUGUUAAACCGUACACGUGCAGCUCGGUAGCCGCAAGCGAGUCAAACUGGCCUGUGCUUCAUUGUCUGUGGUUUUUGCUCUGUGGUUUUUUGCUCUCUCUUUCUCUCUCUCUCUCUCUCUCUCUCUCUCUCUCUCUCUCUCUCUCUCUCUAGCUCUCUCUCUCUCUCUCUCUCUCUCUCUCAAAUGUAACUUCCUCUCUCUCUCACUCUCUCUCUCUCUCUUUCUCUCUCUCUGUGUCUCUCUCCACCAUGCUAUGUUAUGAAUAUGUUGGACCAUUAAACUGGGUGUCGACGGCAUUAUACCAGUAAUCAUUUCAUAUACCGUGACAUGGCUGCAUCUGCUAUUUGACUUGUCAUACUUCUUAUCUGAUUAUCUUUGAGGCCGUGUUUGCGCCUUUACCUCA